UUCUAUUGAGUGUCCCGGCAUUGCCAUGAGCGCCUCCCAAGAAGAGAAGAAGUGCAGCUUCAUAACACUGAGUUCAGAUCCUGUGUAUGUUGCUUAUCAUGAUGAGGAAUGGGGAGUUUCAGUUCAUGAUGACAGGGUGUUGUUUGAGUUGCUUGUUCUAACAGGAGCUCAAGUGGGGAUGGACUGGACUACUAUACUGAAGAAGAGGAAUGAAUUCAGGGUGGCAUUUGCUGAAUUUGAUGCAGAGUCUGUCUCCAAGUUCACAGAGAAGCAGAUGGUUUCCAUCAGUGUGGAACUGAAGCUGGAUUUAGGAAGAGUUAGAGGAAUAUCACUAUCUACUUUGAAACAGAAUUAGUGUUAAUUUUGAUAUUUACUAGCUUCUUAUGUAAUUAAAUACUAAUAUUACUUCAAUG